AUGCCUGGGCAGGCCAGGCCAACAUGCGAGGCUGGUCAGGCUGGGCCAUGCCUGGGCAUCAGGCUGGCCAAGCCAGGCACAGGCUGCACAGUCUGGGCAGGUCAGGGGCCGGGCCAUGCCUGGGCAGGUCAGGCCGGGCCAUGCCUGGGCAGGCCAGGCUGGGCCAUGCUCCAAGCAGGCCAGGCUGGGCCAUGCCCAGGCAGGCCAGUGGCUGGGCUGCCUGGGCAGGCCAGGGCCAUCACAGGCAGGUCAGGCCAGCCAUGCCUGGGCAGGCUCAGGCUGGGCUCAUGCUGUGCUAAGGGCAGCCCAGGCAGUUCAGGCAGCCAUGCCCAGGAGGCCAGGUCGGCGCACCAAGAGGCCACAGGGCCAGGCACGCCUGGGCAUACCCAGGCAGCUGCCUGGGGCUACAGCAUGCGCCUGGGCAGGCCCAGGCCAGGCCCAUCAGGCCUGGGUCAUGCCUGGGCAGGCCAGGCUGGGCUACGCCAGGCAGGGCCAGGCUCUGCGUUAGGCAGUAAGCCAGGCCGUGCGUUUGGGCAGGCCAGGCUGGGCUUGCAUGGGCAGUAA